AUGGUAGGAGACACAUCCAUGGAGGCGGCAAUUGCGGAUUUGGAGGUUUGCCACGCGUCGCUGAAGCACCAGAUGACUAAGAUUCAGCUGGUGAAGGAGCAGUUACGUGAAAAAUGGAAGCAGAGUAACGAGGGGGGCCAGUGCUGGGCGGGCAACUCCCCCCUUACCAAGAAGUCAGGGGAGGUGUUUGACGCCAUGAUUACCGAUCGGCCCGUAAUCGACAACAAGGGAAACGUGAGCAUGAUCGUGGGAGUGCCAAGCGACAGCCAGCCGUUCAAGGAGCAGGUUCGAGCGUUCAUCGGCAGCUGCAGCAGCAGCAUGCACGUCAACACGUCUGUCGGCCCUGUCUCCGCCGCCUCUCCUGCUGCUGCUGCUGCUGCUGCUGCUGCUGCUGCCUCCGUUCGCCCUGCUGCCUCCUUUGGCACUGCUGCUUCCACUCCUGAUAGCAUCCCAUCGCCCUCCACGCCUCUCCAGAGCAUCCCAUCGCCAACUGCAGCAGAGGACAAGGCAGAGCGUCAGCAGGCAGCAGCAGGCCUCAAGCCCCUCCGUUGGUCAAGCCCGGACAGAUCAAGCUCCUUCUCAGCCUCCCAGAGCCAAUCCGGGGUCGUCUCAGCCUCAGCAUCUCCCACAAACCUGCUUCAGCUCAACCUUCUCAGUCACUUGGAUGGCUCAUCAGAGGGCGACGCUCACUCACACUCACCUCUCAGGCGGUUCCCCUCGGGAAUCCAUGGGUUGGAAUCUGAGGACCAAGCCAUCUACUGCUUCCUGGGCGAUGGAACCAUAACCAUGUGGAACGCAGGGUCGGAGAAGCUGUUUGGUUACACAGAGGAGGAGGCAAUGGGGCGGAACAUAGUGGAGCUGCUGUGCUGCAAGAAGACGAGCCACGCCGCCUUUCAAAUCAUUGCACGCCUGCAGGUGGGGCAGUGUUGGACAGGCAACUUCCCCCUGACCAAGAAGUCAGGGGAAGUGUUUGACGCAAUGAUUACUGAUCGGCCUAUUAUCGACAGCAAGGGCAACGUGAGCAUGAUUGUAGGGGUGGCGAGUGACAGCCGGCCGUUCAAAGAGCAGAUCCAAGCUUUCAUCGGCAGCUGCAGCAGCAGCAUGCACGUCAGCACGUCCCUUGGCCCUGUCUCCACCGCCUCUCCUGGUGCCGCCGCUGCUGCCGCUGCUUUUCAUUCUGUUGCUUCUGCUCUCCCUGGUGCUGCUGCUGCUUCUCCCGUUGGUGCUGCUGCCUCCUUUGGUGCCGUUGCUUCCACUCCUGACGGCUUCCCAUCGCCCUCCAGGCCUCUCCAGAGCAUCCCAUCACCAACGGCAGCAGAGGACAAGGCAGAAGACAGGGCAAAACACCUGCAGGUAGCAGGAAGCUUGAAGCCCCUGCAGCUGAAUGUGACCACGGCACCAUUGCGGCCGAUCCGAGUUCCUGAAAACGCGAUCGUUUUUGCAACUGCAAACGCAACUGGAGGUGCUCCUUCCCGCGUGGCUCGUGUGGCCUCCCGGCUUUCUGCUGCUCCUCUGCGUUCUCCCUCUCAGUCCCGCACUGCUGCUCUGCAUGUCCCCGCUUUGGACCGCACUGCACCUCCGCAACUGCCCUUGUUAACCCGUGCUGAUGAGGCUGAUCAGACAGUGCCACUGGCAGACCUGGUUGCUCGUGGCUCUGAACCCCUGAAUUUCCAAGGAGGGUUAGGGGACGGAGGAGACGCAGUAGCAAUGGCGUUUGAUUUUUCGAAAGGAGAAGCAGCAGUGCCAUUUGACUUGAGUGCAGAAGGGGGGGCAGGAGAAGGAGAGGUAGGCGUGCCAUUUGAGUUUGAUGUGGAGGGCGAGUCUGCUCACGCAGAGUGCCAGCACCCCUGGCAAAUACCUUUCGCUUCAACGGUCUUGUCCCUGGCUGGCAGGGUGGCGCAGUCAAUCGGGCAGGUGCGCAAGCGACUCUCCCCCACCAGCUCCACGGUUGUUUCUCAAGCCCACCUCCACCUCCCAGAAUCCAUGUCACCGCAGCAGCAUCUCCCACUGCCACCAUCACCACCAGCAGCAGCUUCUGUCACCCAUAUCUCUUCAUCAGAAGCUCGUUUGCACGGGGGCGUGCAGGGGAUGGUGAUCCAGGGAGGGAGGAGUCCGAAGGCGAGCAGGCUGAGUCCGGAGGGUGACAGGCUGAGCCGUCACAACAGCGGCUCUGGAAGCUCCUGCAGCACCUUGAGCACUGCUGCCGCGCCUGCUGCUGCUGCUGCUGCUGCUGCUUGUGGCGCUGCUGCUGGUGCUGCUGCUGGUAUUUGGAACGGUGGCGGGAGUGACAGCGCUGAUAUCAGCAGAGGUUUCAAAAUUCCUGCUGCCAGGCCUCGCCUGGAACUUGAAACACAUGUGACUCAGUUCGCUCCCUUGCAGCCUGAAACGUCCCCUGCUGCUGCUGAUGCUGCUCCUGCUGCUUCUCCUUGGCACGGUUUUGGCUUCAAUUCUGGUAUUGCUGGUGAUGCUGGUCCGGACAGUGGUGUUGGUGUCGGUGCUAUCGUGCCUAGUGGUGCUCGUGCUUCUGCUGCUCUGGCAGCUGCAGCUGCAGCGACAGCGUGCCAUGCGCACAUGGAGGAUCUGAUUCUGGCGGAUACUCCCAAGGACCAGGGCGGCAUGGCCGGCAUGGGCGGCGCGGGCGGCGCAGGCAUCGUGGGAGACAUGGGUGACAUUGCAAUGGGGUUUGUGAACGGGACGGAUAGGUGGGGAGGGAAUAUGAAGUUCCUGGAAAGGCAGCAGGGGGUUGGGGCUGUGCUGUGUGCGCCUAUUCUGUCAGUCACAUCCCUUUCACCCAUGCAUGCCACUGUCACUUCCUCUCUCACUGCGUCGUCUUCUCUCCUUGCCAUGUAUGCGCCAGUGAUGAUGUUUGUUUGUUUGUUUGUAUCGUACCUGUGCAUUACUGCAGGGGCGUGUGGCACGGUCUAUCACGGCACCUGGAACGGCUCCGAUGUGGCUGUGAAGGUGUUUGCACGGCACGACAUCAGCGCUGACUUCAUGCACGACUUCAAGAAAGAGAUCCGCAUAAUGGAGAAGCUGCGGCAUCCCAACAUUCUCCUAUUCAUGGCCGCAGUGGCCUCCUUGGACCACCUCGCCAUCGUCACCGAGUUCCUCCCCCGCGGCAGUCUCUUCCGCCUGCUGCACCGCCGCACUGCUGGGCUUACACGUUUACGGCUUCUGCGAAUGGCUCUUGAUGUGGCGCGAGGAGUGAUCUAUCUGCACAAGUGCUCGCCCCCCGUGGUGCAUCAUGAUCUCAAGUCCGCAAAUCUGCUCGUGGACAAGAACUGGACUGUCAAAGUGGGCGACUUUGGGCUGAGCAAGAUGAAGUUCGCCACCUACCUCUCUGCUCGCUCUGGCCGUGGAACACCCCAAUGGAUGGCGCCUGAGGUGCUUCGCAACGAGCCAUCCAAUGAGAAGUCGGAUGUGUACAGCUUCGGGGUGGUGCUGUGGGAAAUGGCAACACGGCAAGUGCCCUGGGAGGGGAUGAAUCCCAUGCAGGUCGUGGGGGCGGUGGGCUUCCUGGAGCAGCAGCUGCCUCUGCCUCCCUCCAUCAACCCAGCCAUGAGGCUUCUUAUCUCCGACUGCUGGCGCAGCCCUAACGAGCGGCCAUCCUUCGAUGAGAUCACAUCAAGACUGAAGAUGAUGGUACAGGAGCAAGAGCAGCAGCAGAUGGAUGGAAGGCGAGUGUAG